UGUAAGGUGGAGGAGGACGGGGUUUUCAGUGACCAGCACCUGGAUAACCUGGAGAGGAGCUGCAGCCCGGACCAGGAGGAACCAGGGCAUCCACAGACUACAGAACUGGAGGAAGACUCCAGCGGUCAGGAGAUGAAGCACGAGGACGUAGAGGUGGAAGUCUCAUUGGUCAAUGUCGCUGAUGUGAAAGUUGAAAAUGGUGAACCAGGACCAAACUGUGUCCAGCUGCUGUUGCACACUUCUCCUGAAGCUCAAAACAAAGAUGAGGAAGGAACUGAAAGUUUACGCUCAGACUCCAGUAAAACUGCAGAUCCGGAACCAAUGAGACGACACGGUGACCACCAAGAUGCUGCUGUCCCGUCAGACAGCAACUGUAAAUCAAAGAUGACCAGGACCCACACGGGGAAGAAGGCGUUUUCUUGCAGCACUUGCAGGAAAGAGUUCAGUAGAAAGAGUAUUUUAAUAGAACAUAUGAAGAUCCACACUGGCGAAAGGCCGUACCUGUGCAAUACCUGCGGAAAAUCGUUUAGACAAUCAUCAACGCUCAAGAACCAUAAAAUGAUCCACACGGGCGAGAAGCCGUACCUGUGCAACACCUGCGGAAAAUCGUUUAGAAACUCAGCAACGCUCAAGGAACAUAAAAUGAUCCACACGGGCAAGAAGGCCUACAUCUGCAAAAUAUGUGGAAAAAGUUACAGGCAACGUACCAGCCUGGUGGUUCACUCGAGGACCCACACCGGCGAAAAGCCGUACCUGUGCAACAUCUGCAGAAAAACCUUUACUAAUUUAUCGUAUCUUAAACGGCACAUAACCAAGCACACGGGCGAGAAGCCCUACAUCUGCAAAACAUGUGGAAAAAGUUACACAGAACGUUCCAACCUGGUGAUUCACUCGAGGAACCACACCGGCGAAAGGCCGUACCUGUGCAACACCUGCGGAAAAACCUUUACUAAAUCAUCAGUUCUUAAACGGCACAUAACCACGCACACGGGCGAGAAGCCGUAUUUGUGCAAGACGUGCAACAAAGGUUUUAGCCGCAGAAUUUAUUUGCUGAGUCACAUGAAAAAUCACCCGGAGGAGAAGUCUGGUGACUCGUGACAAAUGAAGCUCAUGUUGUCGUCCUCCGGGGGCAGCUGUCCACUCCUGUCUGACCCACAGAAGAAGAACCUGCAGAAGUCCAACCACCACCUCCUGUGGCUGAUGAGCCUAAUCCCC